AUGAUCGCAGUGGGAAGUGCCAAACGCUGCGUCAAGCUCGCCGCGUCAGGGCCCAUCACCUGCCUCCACAUCUUCCAUCCCGCCCUUUCUCCUUCUCACACUGCUGCUUCUGUCUGGGCUGUGUUCAUCGCAAAUAUGGAGGUUCUUCUGGGCAUCACCGGCAAGGACUUCGUCAUUCUUGCCGCUUCCAAGGCCGCAAUGCGUGGCCCGACCAUUCUCAAGGCCGAAGAUGACAAGACAAAACAACUGAACAAAAGCACACUCAUGGCUUUCUCGGGAGAAGCUGGAGACACCGUGCAAUUCGCCGAGUUUAUCCAGGCCAACAUCCAACUGUACUCGAUGCGUAAUGACACCGAACUGAGCCCCGCUGCCGUCGCCAACUUUGUCCGGGGCGAGCUGGCCCGCAGCCUGAGGUCGCGGAGUCCCUAUACUGUCAAUCUGCUGCUCGGCGGACUGGACCCAAUCUCCGAGAAACCACACCUGUACUGGCUGGACUACCUGGCGUCGUUGGCUGAGGUGCCCUAUGCUGCACACGGCUAUGCCCAAUACUACUGCCUCUCUCUCCUUGACAAACACCACCACCCUGACAUUUCGCUCGAUGAAGGCCUCAAGCUUCUAGACAUGUGCACAGACGAACUCAAGCGCAGACUACCGAUUGACUUCAAGGGAGUGUUGGUCAAGGUCGUGACCAAGGACGGCGUGCAGGUGAAAGACUUUGAUAACGACAAGAUUGUUCGUCCGGCGUAA